AUGCAGUACCAUCUUCAAGUCGAACCUCAUCGCUGUGCUCAUCGCACAUUUCCUUCCCCAAUGACAGACGCUGUGGUAGCAUCUGAGUAUUUAGAUGAGUCGGCUAAGUGGGAGAAUUUCAAACUUGAUCCUCGCUUGUUGCAAGCUGUAUAUCAGUUGGGUUUUGAAAAACCUACAUUGAUUCAAUCUAAUGCAAUUCCACUUUCUCUCGAAGAUAAAAGAGAUAUUAUUGCCAAAGCAUCUACGGGUUCGGGUAAAACUGGUGCCUAUUCCAUUCCUAUCAUUCAAAAUAUUCUUUCUGAAGGUUUAUCCGAACACAACAUCAAGAGUGUUAUCUUGGUUCCUACAAAAGAACUUGCCAAUCAAGUAACCAAGUUUAUUGAAAAACUCUUGGUUUACUGCAAUUCAAUAACUCAGAUCAACUUGGCAACUAAUGUGUCAGACCAAGUUGUAGUUUCAUUGUUGCUGGCUAAGCCUGAAAUCAUCAUUUCCACUCCACUGAGACUUACCACCGUUUUAGAGAAGCAUGCGAGUAUUGUUGACCUCACUACUGUUACUAGUCUUGCUAUCGAUGAGGUUGAUCUAAUGCUUUCUUAUGGGUACAUGGAGGAUUUACAGAAGCUUGAUGACUUUUUACCUAUUAAGAGAAACUUACAGACAUAUCUUAUGUCGGCAACUGUCAAUGACGAUGUCAACGAUUUGAAGGCACGAUUUUGUACUAAACCAGCCAUUAUCAAGCUCAAUGAUAAUGAAGAGAAUCAGAAUCGUCUCGUGCAAUUUUACGCUCGUACCUCUGAAUUUGACAAGUUUUUGUUUGCAUAUGUUAUCUUCAAGUUGCACUUGAUAAAGGGUAAGACAUUGGCCUUUGUCAACAACAUAGACCGUGGGUACAGAUUGAAAUUGUUCCUCGAGCAGUUUGGUGUUCGUUGCUGUAUUCUAAACAGUGAGUUGCCGGUAAAUUCGAGAUUACACAUUGUCGAUGAAUUCAACAAAAAUGUCUAUAAUCUACUUAUUGCAAGCGAUGAGUCUACGGAGGUUACUGAGCAGGAGGGAGAAGACGACCAAGAAGACUCAAAACCGGAAAAGUCCAAAAAGAAAAAGGGCAAGAAAGUUGAUGGAGAAUAUGGUGUUUCUCGUGGUGUGGAUUUCCGAAACGUAGCCUGCGUUUUAAACUUUGAUCUCCCCACCACUUCGAGGUCCUACGUCCAUCGAGUUGGACGUACUGCGAGAGCCGGAAAAGCUGGUAUGGCAUUGUCGUUUGUUGUUCCUGUAAAAGAGGUGGGGAAGCAUAAAACCGCUACGAAUCCUGGAGCCAAGCGAGAUGAAAAAGUGUUGGCUCGUAUAGUCAAACUGCAAUCCAAAAAUGGAUUUGAGAUCAAACCCUAUCAGUUUGAUAUGACACAAGUUGAAGGGUUCAGGUAUAGAGCUGAAGAUGCAUUUCGAGCCGUCACUCUGGCGGCUAUACGAGAAGCGAGGAUUCGUGAACUCAAGAAUGAGAUUAUGAAUUCGGAGAAACUUAAGCGAUUUUUUGAGGAGAAUCCUCAGGAUUUGGCUUCCUUGCGCCACGAUAAGGAACUUCACCCCGCCAAAGUUCAAAGUCAACUUAAACGGGUUCCAGAUUAUUUGUUGCCUGAGAGUGCUCGGCAAGAUCCCAAGAAGAUUGGAUUUGUUCCGUUCCACAAGAACAAAGUACACAAGAACAGAAAGAGAAAAGGAGGGAAGAAGGUGGAUGCACUCAAGUCGUUUCGUCAAAAGAAGUAG